AUGCCUCGAACAACAAGAAGUGAAUCAUCAUCAUCAUCACGACGUUCUCGUUCACCUUUAUCUGAACAUGAAAGUAGUAGUGAACGAACAAAUGAAUAUCGUGUACAUAUCGCUGAAUUAAAACCAGGUGUACAAGAAAAUGAUAUACGUAAAAUGUUUCAACGAUAUGGUACACUUCUUGAUGUAUGGGUUGCUAGUGCAUCGUGUUUUGCAUUUGUUGUUUUUAAAUAUAAAGAAGAUGCACAAAAAGCUAUUGAUCAAAUGGAUGGAAGAUCAUAUGGAGAUAAUCGAUUAAAAGUAACAUGGGCUCGACCAAGAACUCGACAUCGUUCUAAUCGUCAUGAUCCAAAUAUGCGAUGUUAUAAAUGUGGACAACGAGGACAUUUUAGUCGUGAAUGUGAUGGUCAAAUGCUUGAUGGACGUGGACCAAGACGUCGUGAGGUCGAUUUUGGUCGAUACCCACCAUCAAACUAUGAUCGUUUUCCGAGGUCACGUUCACCGCAACCACUACCACCACCAACAUACUUUCGUCAUGGAAUGCCAAUGUAUCCAGCAUUUACACGACGAUAUGAUCCAUAUUUAGAUGGUUAUUUUCCACCACCAGAACGAUCGGGUGGUCAUGAAUAUCGUUUUAGAGAACGUGGUACACGAUUAACACCACCAUCAGCAAGUGCCAGAUAUAAUCGCCGCAUGUCAGCAAGUAUAGAAUCAAGCGCAAUUGCUGAUUUUUUCAAACAAAAAUCUAUCUUUAUUACUGGUGCUACAGGAUUUAUCGGCAAACAGCUUGUUGAAAAACUUGUUCGAUCAUGCCCAGACAUCGAAAAUAUAUAUCUUCUUGUUCGACCAAAACGAGGUCAUGAUGUAACUGAACGUGUAAAAGAAUUAGUAUCUGGGACUUUAUUUAAUCAUGCUCGAUCUGUUCAUCCAAAUUUUGAACAAAAAAUUAUUCCUAUGCAAGGGGAUAUACUUGAUCCAAAUUUUGGCCUUAGUUCCGCAGAUGAAACUACAUUAAUCGAAAAUUGUCAUGUUAUUUUUCAUUCAGCAGCAACGGUUCGUUUUCAUGAACCACUUCGAUUAGCUGUUCAAAUGAAUGUUGCAUCAGUUAAAAAACUACUUGCGUUAUGUCAUAAACUGAAAAAAAUACAAUCUAUUGUUCAUGUAUCAACAGCUUAUGCUAAUUGUAAUCGCAGUGAUGUUGCUGAAAUGAUCUAUCCACCCCCAAUUCAUCCAUCAAAAUUAUUAGAUGCUAGUGAAUGGAUGGAUGAUCAAGUAUUUGACACUAUAACUAAGAAGAUUAUUAAUGAUAGACCUAAUACAUAUACAUUUACUAAAGCACUUGCUGAAUAUGUUAUAUCUCAAGAAUCAAAAGAUCUUCCCUUAGCUAUUAUACGACCAUCAAUUGUCGGGUCAUCAUGGCGAGAACCAAUGCCAGGAUGGAUUGAUAAUUACAAUGGCCCGAGUGGAAUGAUUGUUGCAACUGGUAAAGGCAUGUUUCGUAUAAUGUUUGGAAAUAGUACAGCAGUAGCUGAUAUUGUUCCUGUUGAUGUUUGUGUCAAUAUGAUGAUUGCUAUAGCAUGGCAUACAGCAAUGAAACAGCCAAAAGAUAUUCCUGUAUAUCAUUGCUGUAGUUGGCAUGCGGGUGCAUUAACAUGGGGUAAAAUUACUGAAAUUGGUUUGCGUCAUCUUGAUACAAUAUGUAUGGAAAAUGCAAUUACAUUUCCAAAUUUAACAUUUACUUCCAAUCGAUUUCGAUAUUUUUAUCUUCGAUUAUUUCAAGAAGUCUUCCCAGCUUUUGUGCUUGAUUGUGCCAUGCGUAUCGCUGGUCGAAAACCGAUGUUUUUAAAAUUAUGCGAUAGAAUUUAUAAGAGUGUACGAACAUUGGAUUUUUUUACCUCACAUUCAUGGUCUUUUCCGAAUGAUAAUAGCCUUGGUCUUCAACAAGAAAUGAAUGAUACUGAUCAAAAAAUAUUUAAUUUUGAUUUGAAAGACAUGGAUUGGGAUCAAUAUUGGUUUCAUUAUUGUUUGGGUGCUAAACAAUAUAUACUUCGUGAAGAUCUCGCUCAUAUGCCAAAAUGUCAAAAACGAAAUCAACGGUAA